AGUGAGGGCGGAGAGAGAGAGAAGGAGGAUUGUGCGCGAGAGCUAGAAAGGGAAAGAAGAAACACCCUACAUCUUUUGCCUUUAGCCUCUUUCUUCGUCGGCUGCUGUUUUAGUAUUAUUAUUAUUUUAUAUACAUACAUAUAGAUAGAUAUAUAGAUUUUUGAACAGCUUUGCUGGAUUUCUUUCGGCAAGAAGAAGGAUAUUUUACGCGAUUGAGAAAUCACUUCAUCCGCAGAGGCUCGCGCGCGCUCCGGCUAACUCGCACAAGCUAGGCUAAGCCUUAUCUAAGCUAAAUUUUUGACUCGCGUAGGGUUUAUUUUUUCGAAGAACAAAAUCACAUAUUGUGAUUUUUUUUUUUGCGAAAUCAUUGUAAGUGUGAUAGGUAUACUUGAAGUAAAAACGUUAAUAAAUAAAUAAAGUCGAGUGUUUAUUGGAUUGUGACGUAAGUCGAUACCAGGUCGCUCGCGCGCACAGAUUUUUUUUUUUUACUCUGAUUUGGGUUUCAGCGGCAGAUCGCCACAAAGCUCGGCAUUACCGCCAAAUUACACGUUAAAUAGAGGAGAAGGAACAAAAAAGCUUUUAGGAAUAAAAUGGCCGGAGUGAACAGCGUGGAAGCGGUGAAGCGUAAGAUUAAAGUUCUGCAGCAACAGGCGGAUGAAGCCGAAGAGAGAGCCGAGGUCCUGCAGAGACAGGUCGAGGAGGAGAAACGCGCCAGGGAGCAGGCUGAGGCGGACGUCGCUUCUCUGAACAGGCGCAUCCAGCUGGUCGAAGAGGAGCUGGAUCGAGCUCAAGAGAGACUCGCCACCGCUUUGCAAAAACUGGAGGAGGCAGAGAAGGCUGCAGACGAGAGCGAGAGGGGCAUGAAGGUGAUUGAGAACAGGGCUCUAAAGGAUGAGGAAAAGAUGGAGCUGCAGGAGGUCCAGCUGAAGGAGGCCAAGCAUAUUGCUGAGGAAGCUGACCGCAAAUACGAGGAGGUGGCUCGUAAGCUUGUCAUCAUUGAGGGUGAAUUGGAGCGCACAGAGGAGCGAGCAGAAGUUGCUGAGGCCAAUAGACGUCGAUUGGAGGAACUGCUGAGGAAUUACGACCAAACGCUGAAGAGUCUGCAGGCAGCCGAAGACAAGUAUUCCCAGAAGGAGGACAAGUACGAGGAAGAGAUCAAGAUUCUCACGGAUAAGCUGAAGGAGGCUGAGACUCGCGCCGAGUUCGGUGAAAGAUCAGUCACCAAGCUUGAGAAGACCAUCGACGAUUUGGAAGAGAGGCUCGCCACCGCUAAAGAGGAGAACAUCAAGAUCCACGCCACGCUGGACGCUACUCUGCUGGAUCUCAACACCUUCUAAGAGUCUGCACCGCCCCCUCUUUCCUCUUCUCCUUCUCCCUUCCUGAACACCCCUCACUCCACCAGACCACAACCCACCCCUACCUUUCUACCCCCCUCCCCCACCUCUAUCAGUUACUGAGUGGCUGAACAAGGGCAAGACGUUUUUUUUUUUUUUUUUUUUCUCUCCUUUUUUUAGGUGUAGGUAGCACUUUAGCUUCGGCCCUCAGUAUUUCCCAUAUUUUCUUUUUCAUAUCUAUUUUUUUUUAAUUUUUUUUAUUAUCAUUAUAUUAUUAUACUUUUUUUUUUUUUUUUUUUUGGUGUAGACUCCUCUCAUUUCCUCCCCAUGAACAAGACUGGAUAUGAUAAAGCGCCGAUGUCUUUCUGCAAGUCGAAAUAUUCCUGAUUUUUGAUAAAUUCAUUCCUGUAAUUGUGUGAAAGUAACGAGACGGCACGCUCUCUCUUGCUCUCUCUUGCUCGCUCUCGGUCUUUUUUCAGAUUUCUGUGUUCUGGUUAGUUUUCGAGUCCCGCAGUGCAAUAUUAUUAAUACAGUAUAAAGAAUCUGAAAAGUUGCCGUUCAAGAUACGACUCUUCUCACCUGGCUCUUUGUAACCCUGCCCCCUCCCUCCGCCCUUUUUUUUCGGCCCCGUCCGUUCUAACACUUGAGCACUAUUAUUUGUUACAACAGAUCUACAUGUUUUUCUGUGCCAAUGCCAGACCAUUAUAUUACAGUCGUUCUCUUGGCCAUGUGUUUCGCUUGGGGGGAAAAAGAGCUAAGACCUGUUACUAAUUAUGCCGAAUCAUCUCACUUGAAUUUGUUUCCUCUUUUCUUGUUGUUCAGCAAAAAACAAACUCAACGGUUUUUAUUCAACCUUUCCAUUUCUUUUAAGGCUGAGGUGUACAAACACUAGGUGACUGAUUCAAGUUUGGUGUGAAGUGAGGGGGAAAAAAUUUACUAAAACCAGGCGAACACUUCAGUAGUUUGUUUUAUCCCCCCCCCCUGGGGUUAGAGGCAGAGAGACGGGAUGUCACAUUUCCACUGCCAAAAAAAAGGGUGAAGGGGUCUAGAGAGAGUGAGGGGGUGAAUAAAUAUACGGUAUUAUCCAUAAGCAUCUCUUCAGUGUACUGUCUCUGCAUCCACACAUGGAGUGAGUUAAGUACUUCAAAGCACCAAGAACCUUUUUAACUGGAAUUGCAAAGUUGUUAAGAUGUAAACAUUUUGCUAUUAGUGUUUCAUUGUAAUAAUGACACAAGAUCAAAAUCCUUUUUUUUUUUUUUUUUUUUU